UGCGCUACACCUGCCUUGCUACACUACCCGCAAACCCGGAAGGGGUUAUGUAGCCACCCCUCCCCCACGCAGUGUCUGAGUGUGUGCGUGCCCGAGAGUGAUUCAGUGUUUCGUUUUCCCCAUUUUCGUCCGUGUGCACCGUCUUUUUUGUCGUGUUUUUUCCGAGGCCCACUUCUCUGGUUUUUCGUAUGAAAAGUGUGCAGUGUCGUGCGGUGAGGAAGCAGUGGCAAAGAAACACCAUAUCGCUUGGCUGUGUUACAAUUUCCUUCCCUCUUUCUCUUUCUCUCUCUCCUUCUCUCUCUCUGCUUCUCUCUAUCUCACACUCAUACACUCUAUUCGCGGCCUGCUGGCAGGUUCGCAGUGCUGCAGUGUUUUCUAGUGUGGUACUGUAGUGUUGUUGGCGGUGAAUCGCGGCAGCAGGCAAAGGCAUCCUCCCCUGGUUCAUGGCCAACUAGAUCUCGGUAGUUGGCCGUGUUGCUUUGCGGAUUACCUUUACCUUGCCCGUUCCCGAUCGAAGUGUGUGCCCUUUCGGGACGAUGCGUGACAGUGUUUGCUGUGUGUGUGUGUGCACCAUUACCGGGUUGAAGCUGGUUGAACCAUUACCCGUAGCAGAAAAGUGGAAAAAUUGCAGAAAAAAACUUGUAAUCGUUGCACAGUAUGGUGGAAAUAGAGGGAAAUAAAUAGGAGUUGAAUUCCCGGGCCGCCCGGCCUGAUGUGUGGCCCCUGUUGGCUUUCGUCCUUCUCAACGUGCAGACUCCGUCAGUGUGGCCGUAGCAGCAGCAGUAGCGUAUGAGCGUACCGAAAUAGAGCCUAUUUUUGGAACACGGGGGCAGCUGGAAGCAACACGUUAACCUGUCGACAUUGGAUCCGGUCGAAUUGUGAAGUUGUUUCUGAUUUGUUUUUUUACGUGUCUGUUUGUGUAAAUAUUGUUUAUCUCAAAGUUUUGAACGGUGUUAAUCGUUGAAGAAACUGUGGUGAAAACACAGUACCGCGGUCCGAAAAAAGCGGUUUUUAGGCAGGCUUUGGUUGUGUUGUCUGGAACUUCGGUUCGCCAGCUAUGAAAUCGACCGGUGUGCAACGAGUUACAGCGAGUGAUCACCCAAUGCCGCAGCAAGGCGUGCGUAGUCAUAGCUGGAGAGGUUCCACCUCCAUCAACGACCGGAUAGCUAUGGACAAAUAUCAGGAGCGGCGGCCAUUAUCUCUACGCAAGACGCGCAGCCAACGUCUGCUGGACCAACCUGCGCUUCAUUCUGUCGCCAAAACUGCCAAACUGAUGCCACGGUUUACGCGCAUUCAAGUGUUAAGCAUCAUCAAAUUAGCGACCAUGGAUAAGCUGCGCGAAUCGGGCGCAGGGGAUGAUCCAACCACUCAGCAACGGUUGGCCACGGACGGCCAGGGUGGAACGGCGGCGGUGGCGGCGGCCGGCGGCGAAGGAACGUCCGACGAGUACCAUCAUCAGUUUUACAACACUGGCCGGAUAGGACGGCGGAACGCGCUGCCAGACAUACUGGGGACGCACUGUACCACGACCACGGCCGAUCUGUCCUCGCAACUCGGUUCCCUCUCUACCUCGGACUGUGCCGGUAAGGCGUCCGACGGGAGCAGUAGUUGCAUAGCAGCCGGAAACAAUGGCCAACCGCCACCGACGACAACCGCUACGUAAAGCCAGCCCACCUGCUGCUGCUGCUUGCUUGCGCCUGAGCUUGCCCGAGAGGAAUGAUGGUGGGGUGGUGUCCCCGCGCUCUGCCAGUCUGUGUCGCUGCACUAUGUUUGGGCAGACAAAACAAAGGAAAAUCCUGUCCACAACACUGUGUGUGUCAGUGUUAUGGAAAACGUGCCGUGUGUCGUCUUCGAUACCGAAGUCAAAGUGUGGACCGUAGUGGCGUUUCCAACAGACCGACCAACACACCCGGAAACAGGAAAUGGAUGCGCGUGGAUGGUGUGAAAGGCGCGGAGAAGUGUGAAAGAGUGGGUUUCUGUUUAGGUAAUUUAUUUAUUUCCCUCUCAGCCUGAAAAACUCGAUUGUAGAUCGUUCCCGCAAUUGGAAGUCGGUCGAAGAGCGUAGGCUUAGUAAAAAAAACACACACACACAAACACGGAAAAGCGCAAGGCAAGAAGAAAACCGACACCCAAAGAGCCAAAGAUAGUGGGAUGCGCUUCGAAACGGUGGUGGAAAGUGGAAGCAAAAAGGGCGGAUAAGCGGAGAACAUUUUUAAGUAAGAUGCUAGUUAGAUUGCUUUCGUAUGCGAAUGUGGCUCAGUUUUGUUUUUUGGUAGUUAGGACAAUGAACGUAACGAAGGUAUGGCAGCACACCUGUCGAUACGAGUACAGCUUUUUUAAGGUAUCCCAUGAAUCCAGGAGCCCAUCCCAUGAAUGGUGAAUGAUGUCGUUGGGCCGAAACGAUAAGUUAUUAGUCGCCGAUCUCGCACCAGUAGUCUCUAGCUGUAACGCUCGUUUGUCAAUGCUGUGGAUCGCAUAUUGCAACAAUGCAACAGUGUUUUGCAGCAGGGAGAAAGGAUACUGCUGCUAUUCUGUGUAAUCUAUCAGUGUUUGAGGCCAGCGUUUUUAUUCUGACAAACGGGGCAUGUUAAUUACCAAAACUUUAGUGAUUUCGCUGACUUCAGAUGCAUUUUUAAACAUCUCUCGAAACGUUGGUUCCAAGUUCCUUCAUGGUGUCGAUUGUGUUGCGUUGCCCUUCAGGUAUUAUCGUAAGGUGGGGCGCGGUUCGCGAUCAUCGUCCUGCGAACUUUGUUUGCGAUCGUUCCCAUGGCAGUCCAGUCACUGGUUGAUACUACCAAGAGAUCUUUGAAGUGAAUUAUCACUAGCUUUAGUAAACUACGUUUCGCACACACGUAUUACAGGGAGUUGAUCCUUUUUAAAUGGUAUCGCUAUAAUUUAUAAGAUUCGAUAAAGAUAACUUCGUUUAGCUUUUACCACCUCCGGACAAUGACAGCUCCUUACAGCCUAGCAGCGAACUGCAGGGUUAUAGAUAGGUUUAAAACCCGUGAAUCAUCUAAAGGCUCUUAGCACGCGUAAGGCGCCACAGAAGUAAUAUGUCCUAUCCCAUAAAUGACUUAUCCCUCCCACGCACGCCACUCCCGCCCAUCGCACAUGUCUUUAAACGAUUUGUUCCUUACACCUGCUCUCACUAGGGUAAACAACGAAUUUUUGCUCCUUUUCUGUUCAUGUCCAAAGAUACAUUUUCGCACGUUGCUUUUUCCACCUUGUCUGGGGAGAAACGCGUGGAAAUGGGGGAUGCGUGUAGUAAUGUGGUAAUCUUACGAAUUAUGUCCAUGUGAUAAAUUAGACGAACCAAGGAUGAAAAGGAAUACAAUAAGAAGAGCAAAUCAAUGGCAAUUAACUUCGUGCAGACGUGUUGCGAAUUAGUUUCUACUGUUGUUGUGUGACUUUGCUGCGUUUUGUUGUGCAAAUGCUCUCUUUCGCUCUGGUAAAGCUGCUGCCUGUUUUCCAUGACUAUCUUUUUGUUUUAUUUUUGGUUCUUUUUUAUGUUGUACUGAACGUUCGGGUUGUUUUACUUUAAUCGUGCACAAUGUUUUAGUUUUGCAGUAUGAAUGGACGGGACCCAGGAGUAUUCAAACGCUUUUUUGAAUGUUACAAAACACCACGAAUCUUACCCAAGGUACGCUAAAGCGAUUUAAAACAGAAGCUUUUAAAAUGAACAUCACGUUAACAUAUGAGCAACAUUAGGGAGGAAGUUCGAGGAGAGACUCCUUAGCAGUGGAGCUGAAGUAUGAGAGGCAGAAGAGGGCAGAGUGAUAGAGGGGGAGAAGUGGAUGAUAAUAAAAGCAUGAUAAAGGGGAGAAGAGAACGCCCCCCCAUCUAGAUGUGUCAAUUGUCGAAAUACAAAAAUAAUAUAAGUUCAGUGCAAAAAAACAAAUCCUCCCCGUUGACGUUGGUAAUGCAGUUUAAAGGCAGAAAAAGCCUUUAAGUGGCAACUGGUAACAGUGACUUUGCAUUCGGAGCCCCCAAUAGCAGAAAUGAAAUUUACAAAACCAAAAGUUUAUACAACUAAAAUUAGGCGCAUUGUGAACAUGAGGAAUCGGAGAGCGGAGCGGAAGAAAAAUUAGAAGUACAGAGACGAACGGGGGAAUAAAAACAGUGAAACUGGAGUGUGGAAUUAUUUUUCUAAUGUUUUGAUGAAUUAAUCACUAGUUUCAGUACCGGUGAUGAUGUGUGUUGUGUUCUUUUUUUGUAGUCGCAUAUUUGUAAGCUUGCCUAGGAACGCAAGGGAAACAAUUAACACAAUUUCGAAGAAUCUUUUUUGUAUACACAUUCACGUAAAGUCACGCGUUACAACCGACGCUAGAAAGUUGCAUACCACAACAAAUACGAGAAAAACAAAUAAAAAAGCUCCCCCCCCUCCCCCCCCUUUGACACCAUACCGAUCACACAUAGCAUUAGCAGCAAAAUGUAUAGGUUUUAAGAAUUGUAUUUAUGCUAAACCGGUAUAUAAUAUAUACACAUACACAUUACAAUGAAUGAAUGAAUAAAUGAAUGGUGGCGCAAAAAUUGA